AUGGUCCUCCACCCGCGACCGCGGUCGCGUCUGCGGUACCUCGCGCUGCUCGCGCUUCCACUGCUGCACCAUGGCGUCACCGUCGCCGCCUCGCCCCUCGACGUCGAUGCACAGCAGAAGAUUCUCGGUACACCAGAUGGCGGCACCCAGGACUCGGGCGCGACAAACCCCCACAUCCAGGACGAGUCGUCUGCGGCGUCACCGGCUUCAAAGCCCCGCAAGCUUCGCGGCAAGUUUCUGCACAUCACCGAUCUUCACCCCGACGACUUUUACAAGGCCCAUACGUCGACCGGCGAGGGCUAUGCCUGCCACCGUUCCAAGGGCCCGGCCGGCUACUACGGCGCCGAGACGUCGGAUUGCGACUCGCCCUUUACUCUCGUCAAUGCCACGCUCGAAUGGAUACGAGAAAACGUCGUCGACGACAUUGACUUUGUGAUUUGGACCGGCGACACGGCUCGACACGACUCGGACGAGAAGAUACCUCGAAACCAACGUCAGGUCCUCGGCACCAACCGCCGCGUCGCCGACCUCUUCUACGAGACCUUCUCCGCCCCUCACAAUGGACAGCGUCUGGCCGUGCCCAUUGUGCCGAAUCUGGGCAACAACGACAUCCUGCCGCACAACAUCUUGGUCCCUGGCCCCACGCGAUGGCUGCAAUACUACACCGAGAUAUGGCGGCACUUCAUCCCGGAGGAGCAACGCCACACCUUUGACCUCGGCGGGUGGUUCAACGUCGAAGUUAUCCCGAACCGUCUUGCCGUCUUCAGCCUCAACACGCUCUACCUCUUUGAUCGAAAUGCUGCCGUCGACGGCUGCACCACCCCCUCCGAGCCUGGCUUCAUGCAGAUGGAGUGGCUGCGCAUCCAGCUACAGGUCAUGCGCGAGCGCGGCAUGAAAGUCAUCCUCAUGGGUCACGUCCCUCCCGCUCGCACCAACAGCAAGCAGAACUGGGACGAGACGUGCUGGCAAAAGUACAACCUGUGGCUGCGCCAGUACCGCGACGUCAUCACCGCCACCCUCUGGGGCCAUAUGAACAUCAACCACUUUAUUCUGCAGGAUACAAGGGACAUCAACCUCGCCUCCAUCAACGGCAAGCAUGAUACCGGCAUGAUACGCGAGGUGCAAGACCUCCACAUGCGGGAGAACUUUGAGGACGACUUCUCUGUGGCCUCGGCGUCUGACUAUCUUCGCGAGCUGCGCCGCGGCUGGGCCAAGAUUCCCAUGGCGGGCGUCAAGGCCCUGAUGGAAGACGACCUGGAAGAUACUGUGGAGGACGAUGACAUGUCUGACGACGGUGCCGAAGACUCGGUCGAUGCGGCGAAGAAGCGUAAAGGCAAGAAGGGUAAGGGCCACAAGGGCAAAGGCCAUAAGGAUAUUGGCGGCAAGUUCGCCGAACGCUACCACCUAUCUCUGAUCAGCCCGAGUAUUGUGCCAAACUACUUCCCCACGCUCCGCAUCUACGAGUACAACAUUGAGGGGCUCGAGAACACCGCUGUCUGGACCGAUUCGUUCAGUCAGCAGAAGUGGGAUAAGCACGUAUCACCUUUGGCGGCUGCGCAAGACGAUGAGGCUGAAGGGCCCACGGCGACAAUGGCUGACACGACCGACGAGGAGGAUGACGAUGACGAAGACGGUUCGGAUGACGAUAAUGUCGACUUUGAGGCAUCAAAAGGGGAAAAGCACAAGAAGAAGAAGGGCAAGAAGGGCAAGAAGGGCAAGAAGGGAAAGAAGGGAAAGAAGCCCAAAGACCCGAACCUGGUCAUGCCCGAACCCCCGGCCAAGCACGCACCGCCGGGCCCAGCCUACUCACCCCAGCCCCUGACGCUGUUGGGCUACACGCAGUACUUUGCCAACCUGACGUAUCUCAACAACGACAUGACCCACGACGGCAACGGGGGGGAGCACGACGAAGGCGGCGCGUCUGCAGAGCGCUGGAAGGACGGCAUCCACAGGGGCAAGGACCCCAAGACGAAGAAGCCGAAACCCAACCCAUUCAAGUUUGAGGUCGAGUACAGCACGUUUACGGACAAGAUCUACAGGCUCAAGGACAUGACGGUGCGAAGCUACGUCAAGCUUGCGUACCGAAUCGGGCAGCAGAAGGUCAAGGGCAAGAUGGUCGAGGCGCUCGAGGGCCAGGAUGGCGAGCCUGAAGACUUUGAAGACGAAGAUGAAGACGAAGACGACCUUGGUCUGGUAGACGAAGAUGACGAAGAGGAUGAAGGAGAAGAAAAGGUAGAAGAGGACGAAAACCCGACGCUCAGCACUGACGAAGACGACAUGGAGAUAGAGGGCAAGGGCAACAAGAAGAAGAAGAAGCGGAAGAACAAGAAGAAAAACAAGGCGUGGAUGCACUUUCUGAGCCAUGCCUUUGUCGACACGGUGCCGAGGAAGCAGCUGAAGAAGCUGUAG